AUGGACAAAAAAUCUGGGAAAGCAGCGCUGGACUCGCUGCAUGACAUGACCGAGGCGCUGGGCGGAAUACUGCAUAAUAUAUCUGAGAGGGCGGCCCCAGAUGCCGAGGUCUCAAAGUUUCUCGGCUCUGUUGAGGGGUUAAAAGCGUAUUUUGAAGGCCUUUCCUGCGAAGAGUGCCCGUCUGGGCAGGACCUUGGAAUAGACGUCCUGUCUAUUGAGCAGCACCUCCGCAAAGAGUAG